AUGCCUUUUAGGCCAUUUUUCCCGUUCAAUCAGGACCAUCCGGCCUUUCCUGCUGAAUUGCGCACCCAUCAGAAAAACUUCUCAUCAAGGAAUACGGCAAGAGGGGCUACACCUAUUCUCCAAGAUGAUCGGAUGGAUCAUAGCUUUAUCUUCGAAAAAGGAUGCCGCGAAGCUUUUUCUGGAUUUUUCCGUCACAGAUCAAAGGACUUUUGUCUUGUCGAAAAUAUGAACCCUAAGCUCCUCAAGGAGUUGUUUUUCGAGAUCAAACAUAGUUCUCAUCCUUCGGAACAUGCAGAUAUCACAGCUGCAAUACGAGGCAUUCGCGAUUCGACCAAGUUCUUCUUCGUCAGCUGCGACUAUCACGACCCAGAGCAUAUUAUUGUUCGCACGUAUGCUAAGUUUAGGAACUUCGAUUGGAAUAACCAGUCACAGAUUGAUAAUCUCAAUCUCUUUCGGAUGGCAGCUAUUGCGGAGGGUUGUGGCGUCUUUGCUUUUUCUGAAGGCGGCAAAAACCUCCCUCCCUUUAAGUGGAAAUCGACGAUUGAGGUAACACCUGAAGAGCAAAGUUCAAAGAAGCUAAAGGUGUCUACUAUUGUAGAGUCUUCAACUAAUGACAUGCAAAGUGAUACCCGCGUCUCAAACAGCUCUGAGGCACAAAGUCAUGUUAUAGCUUCCAUACCUGUGUCUGUGGCAGCGCAAAAUUCGCAAGCACAUCCGUCGGCACCAAAGUUCCAGUUUCGACCAACUGUACCGCCAUUUCAACCAGCUACUUCCAUGUUUCGGGUCAAUGACAGGCAGUCCCAGUUUUAUGCCGGACCACUUGAAAGGGACCGAGUUCGGGGAGCACAGCGCGUUGGGCAAGGGCUGCAGAGUCUUAUACACCCCGGAGGACAUGUGCCGCAACCACCCGUUCAAUCAGAUCGCAGUCAUGAAACAUCACAUCAGUCUAACCAACGGCAGGAGAAUAUGACCCGAUCUCAAAAACAGGCAUUUGGGAUGCGAAAAUUGGCUAUGCAUCACGGAAAUGAUACUUUCCAUGCUCAAGGGCUCGGAAAGUCAACACAACAGACACAACAAACUUACGGACAUAUGCCCCAAUAUACAACAACACAAAACUACACUCCACCACAGGACCAAAGAUACAAUUUGCAGCAGCAGCAUUAUCAGCAAGGCUUCAACCAGUCUCAUGCCCAAAGUGAUGUGAUGAAUCAGCGGUAUAACCAGAAAAGCCCAUUACAAUUCAAAAAUCAAGUCUGUGGAAUGUAUCAACAAUAUGGUCAAGGACAACAAAACUUUGAACAGCAUCAACUUCAUGGGCCUUACGCACCUCGCCAACAUGUUCAACGAGAUAACAAUGACUUCCAGAAUCUUGUGAGCCCUCAGCAAAAUGCCCAACAAAACUCUUCCAAUCUCCAGGCCGAAAGAUACUGGAGACCCCAGCAAGCACGGCAAGUUCAAUAUCAGUUUGAGAACCUAACCGCUGCAGACUUUCAACAGUAUGAACAAGACAGUGAUAAUAGCCAAGAUUAA